CCCCUCCAUUCAUUGCUUGUGCUCGUUCAAUCGUUACGUAUUCGAGUCCCAGCGCGCGUCGUCAACAUGGAGUCGUUCCGUUCUGCAGACUUCUCGGCUCGGGUCGAAGGGCUCAUGGAGAAACUCCAUGUCCCUGGACUGGCGGUGGCCGUCGUGCAGAAUGAGACGACCGCCUCCAAGGGCUGGGGUGCUGCGCGGCUGCAUCCGCGCGAGGCGUGCACCGCCGACACGCUGUUUGACAUUGCCUCUUCCUCGAAAUCGCUCACGGCGGCGUCGGUCGCGCUGUUGAUCGCAGACGACGAGAAGCACCCGGAUGUACAAUACGAUGCCGUCAUGUCCAAGUUGUUGCCCGACGACUUCGUGAUGCCCGGUGAGGGCUACACCGAGACGGUGACCGUCGAGGACGUCUUGAGCCACCGCACGGGAAUGGCCGCCCACGACUCGUCGUACAUGAACUCGGAGUCGUCGUGCCCCGACGACGCGAGGUCCGUGACGCGGAACCUGCGCAACCUGCCCGUCGGCAGCCCAGUCCGCUCGCAGUACGAAUACUGCAACAUGAUGUACACGGCUGCCACGUACCUGGUCGAAAAGGAAGCGGGCGUCAACUUUGACGACUUCUUGGAGACGCGCUUCUUUCGCCCGCUCGGCAUGGACUCGUCCAACCUCGGCGUCAGGCGGGCGCAGGCAAAGGGGCUCGGCGACCGGCUCGCCACCGGCCACGUCUGGAGAAACGAGGCCAAAAAGUACGACGAGUUUGGCUGCUGGCACUGUCCGGAGGCGCAGGGCGCCGGGUCCAUCAUGACGAGCGCCAACGACUACAUCAAAUGGGUCAAGGCCAUGAUGAACCGCGAGCGGCCCAUCACAAUGGACAUUUACGACGGGCUGAUCAGGGCCCGGGUCAUCUCGAACCCGGAUUACGAAAACAUGCGCCCCUUGACGUCUCCCACGCUGUACGCGACCGGCUGGGAGGUGCACUCGUAUCGCGGGCACAUGAUUGUGUCGCACGACGGAUCGGUGCCCGGCUUCGGGUCCACGCACUUUUUCCUGCCCGGGUUCAAGUUUGGCGCCGUCAUAUUCGGCAACGCGCGCGGGGCCGGGGCCAUUGCGUCCAUCCUCAUGUACGAGCUGGUCGACGAGCUGCUCAAGGUGCCCCGAGCGGAGCGACUCGACUGGGCCGAACUCGAGUCAUGCCUCCAGGAGAGAGUCAACGACACCACGGGCCUGGAGGCAGAGGUUCGAGAGGAGCUCUGUCCCGGCCUGGAGCGGCCGGAGCCGCAGGAGUUGCCCCUGAGCGCGUACACGGGAGAGUACUGGAACGCGGGCUACCACGGCAUGACGCUACAGGAGAGGGACGGCAAGCUGUUUGUAGAUGCCACAGACCGGUCGAUGGGCUUUACGUUGACGUUUGAGCAUUGGGCCGGCCAGAACAAGUACAUUGCCCACCUGAGUGACAUGUUUGAGGGAGGCGCCGACCCGCUCAAGGCGGAGUUCAAGCUGGAGGACGGCCGGGCAAUCAGGAUGGGGCUGCAUCUGGAGCCAGAGCUUGACGAGCUCAUCUGGUUUGACCGGAAAAAUCCAAAGUAAGUCACAAACGGCAGGCAAACUAAUUACAAGACAUGCCGACAGUCAAAGGUUAGAUGAGUCUAUAUAUAUAGAUGAACAGCAAGCUAGACUAGGCAGAGCCUUUAGGAAUAGACAGGAUGCA